UCGCGAAACUUACCACCACUAGUCAGUAGGAUGAAGUGGACUAGCACGUGACCACGCGCACCGGAGCAGCCCGAACCUACUUCGCUCCACUCCGGUGGCGGUUCAUUGUUAUUGCACAAGUGUAUGUAGUGUUCCGAAGUCGCGGCAAAUCGCCAUAAACAACUUCGUCAAUCAACAUGCUCAUAUUACAUAAGGAGACUAUGUCGUUCUGUGCUUGUGUGCUGCUGCCGGUUUCUCCCCACGCUUGCCUACCAUGCAAUCGAACAGACUCCGUGCCCUAAGGGCAACAUUUUCGCAAACUUGCAAAUACAAGUCAAUUCGAAACGCGAGGAGCCUCGCAACAUUUGCUCCUCGUGUGCCAAUUAGCCCAUUGAAUCUCGACACCCCCCUCGACUACGAUCGCCAGAUUGCCCAGCUCGAGACUGUCAAAUCAGGUUCAAGGCGACCCCUGACACUGACGGAGAAGAUCCUGUAUAGUCAUCUAUAUACAUCACCAGAACACUCAUGGGCAUUGGACGAGAUACGGCGGGGAGAAACGCUCCUCCACCUCCGACCAGACCGGGUUGCUUGUCACGAUGCAACGGCGACCAUGGCACUUCUACAAUUCAUCAGCGCAGGCCUUCCGAAAGUCCAGAUUCCUACUACAGUGCAUAGCGAUCAUUUAGUGGUUUCACGGGAUGGAGCAGAGGAAGAUCUAAAGCGCGGACGCCAUGAGCACCGCGAGGUUUACGCUUUUCUGAGCAGUGCCGCCAAAAAGUACGGGAUCGGCUGGUGGAAACCUGGGGCUGGCAUCAUCCACACAACUAUCUUCGAGAACUACGCAUUCCCUGGAGGGUUGAUUAUUGGAACGGACUCGCAUACGCCGAAUGCAGGAGGUAUGGGGAUGUUGGGCAUCGGCGUUGGUGGCUCUGAUGCCGUGGACGCGAUGGCUGGCAUGCCCUGGGAACUCAUGUGCCCCAAAGUGGUCGGGGUGCGUCUCACUGGAUCCCUCAAUGGCUGGGCGUCGACAAAGGACAUAAUCUGUAAGCUUGCUGGAAUCCUGACUGUGUCUGGAGGCAAGGGCAGAGUAAUUGAAUUCUUCGGCCCUGGCACUCAGACACUAGGCGCGACAGCAAUGGCUACCGUCUGCAACAUGUCCGCUGAGAUUGGCUCGACUUCUUGCAUCUUCCCAUACUCUGAGUCUAUGUCGAGAUAUCUAACAGCAACGAAACGUGCGGACAUUGCAAGACUGGCGAGCGGAUAUAAGGAUGUUCUCCUGACUGCAGAUGAAGGAUCUGAGAACCACUACGACGAGGUUAUCGAGAUCGAUCUUGAUACAUUAGAGCCGCAUAUAAACGGUCCCUUCACUCCAGAUCUCUCGCAUCCGCUAUCCCAGCUCAAGGAAGCCGUUUCAAAAUCCGACUGGCCGGUUGAAGUCAGCCAUGCCAUGGUUGGCAGCUGCACGAACUCCUCAUACGAAGAUCUCCUCAAGACUUCCCAACUCAUACAACAAGCUCAUUCGGCUGGACUCCCCCAUGUGAAGACUUCUUUCAUGGUGUCACCCGGAAGCGAAGAUAUCAGAGCCACAGCCGAAGCCGAGGGCAUACUACAAACAAUACGCGAUGCCGGUGCUGUUGUCCUAAGCACCACCUGCGGGCCCUGCGUUGGACAAUGGGAUCGCACCGAUGUCGACGUAAAGGGGCGGGAAAGAAACACAGUCGUCUCCAGCUUCAACCGCAACUUUGUCGCCCGACACGAUGGCAACCCGGAGACAUGUUCCUUCGUUACAUCGCCAGAGAUGGUGACUGCAUUCGCAUACGCUGGCCGUAUCGAUUUCAACCCUGUCACCGACUCCAUUCCCGUCGCCGGUUCAUCACAGGAACUCCGCUUCACCGCGCCAACAAGCGUGGAACUUCCUACCGCCUUCACGACAGGAGAAGACCUCUACCAAGCCCCCGUGCAAAACGCAUCCCACCUCUCCGUCACCAUCGACCCCAAAUCCGACCGCCUCCAACUCCUCGACCCCUUCCAGCCCUGGGUCCCAGGGUCCACGAACUCCAUGCCCAUCCUCGUCAAGGUCAAGGGAAAAUGCACGACCGACCACAUCUCGCCCGCAGGCCCAUGGUACAAGUACCGCGGCCACCUCGAGAACAUCAGCAACAAUAUGCUGCUCGCCGCGUCCAACGCCUUCCUACCCUCCGACUCGAAACACCUCGGCCACACCAUCCACCCGCUCGACUCGCACGUCGACCUCAUCCACGAGGUCGCGCGGGACCUCAGGGGCCGUGGAGUGAAGUGGUGCAUCAUCGGCGACUGGAACUACGGCGAGGGCUCGUCAAGAGAGCACGCGGCGCUCGAGCCGAGGUUUUUGGGCGGCGUGGCGGUCAUUGCGAGGUCGUUUGCGAGGAUCCAUGAGACGAAUCUUAAGAAGCAGGGCAUGCUUCCGUUGACGUUCGUCGAGGCUGGGGACUAUGAUAGAAUACGUUCGGGCGAUCGGGUGACUUUGCUCGGCGUCGAGGAGGGCGAGAUGAAACCUGGGAAGGAAGUCACGUUACAGGUGGAGACUGAGGCCGGAGAGGUAUGGCGUGCGGCAUUGCAGCAUAGCUUCAGUGAGGGCCAGUUGAGAUGGUUGAGGGCUGGGAGUGCGUUGAAUCAUAUCAAGCAGACCAUAUUGGGAAACCAAGGGAGUUGA